UGUAUGUACAUAUGUAUAUGUGAGGUGUGUGUGUAAGAGAGUGUGUGUUCAUACAUCAGUCCGUGACGUCACGCGGCGGUUCGGACCAGUCCAGACCGGGUUCAGGUCUUCUCUGGUUUUGUGAAUCAGUUGUUUCUGCAGUGAAGCUCUUCCUCCUCCUCCUCCUCCUCCUCCUCCUCCUCGUCUCUGACGCACAUGAGGAGAAUCCCAGCGCUCGCGUCAUCCGCGCCAGUGGGCGUGGCGUCGCUCCGCUUCAUUCAUAAAGUCUCUCGGUUCGGAUGAGAGGUGACGCGCUGCUGGAGCGCUUCUAACGCGUCCCUCGCUCGGACAGCAUGAAUCACACAUAGACGUCUCACACACGCUUUCAGACCAUGAGUGAUGAGUCUCCCUUACAGACGCGCCUCACCACUGACGUGCCGCUGGCGUCUGGUUCUCAGGAGAACUACGUUCUUCUUCUGGUGCUGCUGUGUGUGUUCGCCGGGGGGACGCUGGUUCUUCUGUCCAUUCUGCUGGUCUUCUGUCACCGCUGCUGCCGAGGAGAGAGGCGUUACUCCAGAGCCAGCGAUGAUCUGGAGAAAACCAACACCACAUACGUAGAGGAGAGUCAGCCGAUGCAAGACGUCACCAUCAGACUGGAGAGCGGCGAAUCACUGUCCACUUCCAGUUGCCAUGGAGACACAGACACGGAUCACUUCCUGUCCGCGUCGGUCACAGGAAGACGCGUGUCGUUCAACGAGGCCGCCAUCUACGAGCAGAGCGCCAAAGACCAGGAGAAAGGUCGAAGGUACACGCUGACGGAGGGAGACUUCCAUCACCUGAAGAAAGCUCGUCUGACGCAGCUUCACAUGCAGCCUCCGGCGCUGAAGAUCCUGACCAUCAUGGAGUGUGAGUCUCCGGAGAACGGCGCGCCGCUGGACGAGCAGCCCGACACACACCCGGCUCUGUCCAUCUUCCAGGCGGUGGAGGGCCCCGUGCCGGACGCCGCUGGACUGUGGAGCGCUCAAAGCCCCGUCUCUGCUCUGCCCGGAAACACACUGAGCUCCACACACACCAGCGCUAAACCGGCCCGCUCACACACCAUCGAGGUGAUGAACAGAAGCCUGCCGAUGGACAGAGAUUCCACUUCCUGUCCAGCUCAGGGCACCAUGUUCCACUUCCUGUCCAAACUCCGACGCCAUGCCAGCCUGGAGGGAGCGGGUCCGUUCUUCAGCGUCAAGAAAUGGAGGCUGGACACCAUCCAGAGAGCGGCCAGCCUGGACACCAGAAUUUUUCCUCGUACUCUUAUAGGUUCUCCACGGAGACGUGCAUUUCAGAGGCAGCGGGCGGCCAGCGAGACUCUGGAUCAGGGAGAAGAAACCUUGCAGUGUGGAGUCGGUGACUUCUUGUUGCAAAAACCAACCGCGCAGCCUCAGAAGGAGCCACCAAGACGCCUAUCGGCCGGUUCUUUGGACACCGCUGCAGGAGCUCCUCCUGCCCUCAGCAGGUUAGAGGUAGAAGCUGUAAUGGAGCUAAGGGUCAACACAGAUGAGGUGACAGCCACAACUCCAACAAUCCCCUCAACCCAUGGACCUCUGGAAGUGGAGGAUGGUGAAGAGAAUGGGCAGAAGAUGAUGGCAGAAGCGUCGGGAGGCGGUGGUGAAGAGUAUGGACCAGUGAUCCGUCAGGAGAGUCUAGAGCAGCCCAGCUUGUACCGUGACAUCUGGAGCUUGAGAGCGUCGCUGGAGCAGUACGCCUCUUCCGACCUGAGCAGCAACGAUAGGGACUCUACUCGCAGCGAUCCCGACAGCGUUUGCUCAGCAGGAGCAUCGAGAGCAGGUGUCCCUAGCUACCAGUCCCAAGACAUCGAUGAUGAGAUAGACGGAGACAGCGAGCUUCCAUAUGAUGAUGCGGUCAGGGAAGCCGAGCAGAGGAGAAAUGGACGGGACAGUGUGGACUCGGAGAGAGGCAGCGACGGAGAGACAAACAACCGGAAGCUUCUACAGAUGGACAGCGGAUACGCCUCAAUCGAGGCUCCUUGCAAGGCUCCGGAGGAGUUCAGAUUGUUUGGAAGCGGCUCUGGAAAGACGGCAUCAGAACGUCGCCGCUUCUUUACAAAUUCUGGCCGCAAAGGCACGGUUUGUGAGAGUUUUGAGGCACGGUUGUUUAAGGAAGAGCUGGAAGACGAGGCAUCGGAGAGCAGCGUGAGUUUGGAGGCAGCGACUCAACCUGUGACCAAACCCAGGCCGCGCUUCCGCCGCAGAGACUACAGCAUCGAUGAGAAGACUGAGGCGCUGUUUAACGAAUUCCUACGCCAUGACCCCCAGUUUGACCAGCAGGGCUCGCCCUCAUUGCGUCACCGGCAUCGCUCCAGAAUCCAUCUCAGAAAGCAGUGGCAACGGAGCAAGCAGUACAGUGACCCAGGAGCUGCCCGAUACUCGCCAUCUUUAGAGAGACAGCGUUGCUAUCCACUCCGACGAGGCGACAGUGCCAACUACCCGUUAGACACACGCUAUCACAGCACCUUGCCUCGCAUCGCUAGCGCUGCGGACGAAGAAGCCAGUGAAGGAGCAGCGAGUACGGAAUCGCCCGAGCCAGAAAAAUCCGGACCAGAGGUGGAUAGUGCUGAUCCACCCUCAGAAACAAGAAGUUCUGGUCCAGACCUGGAGGAAAAUGCUAACAACAGCAGCAACAACAUGAACCGGCAUUUCUUUUCAUCGCAAACGCAGGACAACAGUGCCAAGGAUUGUGGGAUACUGGAGGACUUGGGAAGCAAUGCUCAUCCUGCAGAUUCACAUAAACAUUUGCAGAUGGACCGUGGCGUAUCGAUAUCUCAUUUGCAUUCACAUACAAAUGCACUCACUCCGGAUCCCACUGAUUCGGAUCAGGACUCGGACUACUUGCGUCACACUCUCACAGACAUCGGUCCCUCAGACAAACUUUCAUCCACACUGGACGACCGGCUCUACUCUAACCUGAGGACUCAAAGAGGGAGUCAAGAGUGUGUUGUGACCGUAAGUCGCACCUCACCAGAUCUAGAAGAAUAAGGGCCAGUUUUACUAAACUGGGCAAUUUAGCGCGAGUGCAAAUUUUCUGCAGGUGACUAACAAUGAGCAAGUUCAAGAACACAAACGCAACAUCUCAUUUACAUAUCGACCAACACAAUACACCAAGCACAGUGAAAAUUAGAACAGUCGCAAAUAAGGAUAUAAAUAAGCCAUAGCAGGCUAUGUUGAAAGAGAAAAAAAAACGAAUGCUAGAAGUUGUUGUUGAGGGUUCUAUGUCGUCUUUUAUUCCAUGAAGCAAGUUAAAAAUUAUUUAAUUCAUUACGGUUUGGCAAACAAUUUUUUAUAUUGUUCUAGCAUUACAAAUAAAAGAAGCGUAGAAAUCGUAGAAAAUCUUCUAUCGCGUAUGCUUUCAGUUCUGUGAGAUCUCCUUCCAGUCAUUUCAAAAUAGUUUAAAACAUGCUUUCCCGGGCAUUAAAUGGUGCAAAUGGCAGUAAUUUGAUGAGUGUAAAUGUACUUUCCGCCCAUAAAUUUUGCGCCUGAAAGCCAGACUCCACAAAUACAUAUUCAAUAAGAUCAGAUGCAACAAUAAUGCCAAAAAAUGGUUUGUGCUGGCGCAAACUGUUAGUAAGACUGGCCCUAAAGGUCUGUUCACAAAGCCCAGUAGAUAUAACCAUGAAGUUUUAUUAAUCGCUCUAACUCCAAGAACAUUGUGAAGUCCGCACCGCAGCUAAAACAAUACUGGCGCAGGUUAAUGAUGAAUGUUAAAAACAUCAUUAGCCAAUCUGACCCCAAAGUCCUCGAGCAUUUCAAGGGUUUAUUGCAUUUUUUUACAAUUCUUUUAUAAUGUUCUCUGAGGUUCACUUAUAAUGUGAUUUCACGUCAAGGAAAUGCCAGUUGUCAUAUCAAUCUGAUAUAAUACAUACUCUGAGAACAAACAUUGGGUUAAAAA